AUGCCUCAGAAGUUGCCAUUCAAUGUGAUUAGUCUGCCGCGAGCGCGACCUGACAUCAAGCCACAGCUGGACGACGAGUCCCUCCUGCACGACACCUCUUUAUUGAAUGGAAAAUGGGUCAAGUCCCAAUCUGGGGAGUCCUUUGAUGUUGAAGGCAAUUGGACCGACCAUCGAACCCGUAUCCCUCAUCCUGGCAGCCAGCAGAUCUUUGCAUCGUGCCCAACCAACAAGGUCGACGAUGUAGACCAAUAUGUCACGACAUCGCACGCAGCGUUCCUCGAGUACCGUCAUAUGAACCCUCGUCAGCGAGCCAAGCUCCUCCUGGCAUGGUAUGAGCUCAUCAGCAAAGCCCGGACCGAUAUUGCCAAACUGGUCGUUUACGAAAACGGCAAGCCACUUGCCGAGGCUCUCGGCGAGAUUGAUUACGCCAUGGGCUUUGCCUGGUGGUUCGCCGGCGAAGCAGAACGGGUCCGGGGAUCAGUUGCUGAGCGCCGUACGUUUGUGAUCAAGCAGCCAAUUGGCGUGAGUGUUGCGCUUGUCCCCUGGAAUUUCCCUGUGGCUAUGAUCAUCCGUAAAGUCGCCGCUGCAUUAGCAGCUGGGUGUUCAAUGAUUGUAAAGCCGUCUCCAGAGACCCCCCCGAGUGUCUUAGCUUUAGCUGAUCUUGCUCUGCGAGCCGGCUUCCCACCUGGGGUCUUUAAUAUUAUUACAACUGAUAACUUAAAUACGCCAAUAGUCAGUGAGGCUCUUUGUAAACACCCUCUCGUCAGAAAGGUGACCUUUACAGGGAGUACAGCAGUUGGGAGGAUUAUUGCCCGCCACUGCUCUGAAGGAUUAAAGAAAGUCACAAUGGAGCUUGGGGGCAACUGCCCAUUUAUCAUCUUUGAUGAUGGCGACCUUGAUCAGGCUGUAGCCGCACUUAUGAUACUUAAAUGGCGUACUGCCGGGCAGGCCUGUACUCACGCGAACAGGGUCUAUGUUCAAAGCGGAGUAUUUGAGGAAUUUGCACGAAAAAUAGUCCAGGCUACACAGGUGCUGCGUAUUGGACAUGGUUCUGAUCCAUAUACUACAAUAGGGCCACUUACUACAGCCCGUGGUAUCGAGAAGCUGGAGAAGCAUAUUUCUGAUGCUGUCUCCAAGGGAGGCAAGGUGCUUUGUGGAGGAAAGCGCCCCGAGGGCGACGGCUACUUUUACGAGCCUACCAUCAUCUCUAACAUGGCCUCGUCUAUGCUGACAACCCAAGAAGAGAUCUUUGGGCCCCUCCUUGGUUUGAAACUGAGGAGGAAGUGGUCAAAGCAGCCUAUGGGCCUAGCAUCAUACUUCUUUACUAAGGAUGUAGACCGUACUUGGAGGCUUCUUGAGAGUCUUGAGGCUGGCAUGAUUGGCAUGAAUACAGGUAACUCGUCUGGUGCAGAAUCCCCGUUUGGUGGGAUCAAGGAAUCGGGCUAUGGAAAGGAAGCCGGUAAAGAUGUGGCGAUUGAGGAAUACUUGAUUCAGAAAACUGGCACGCUCACUAUUGGAUCUCUGCCGAAACUGUGA